AGGCAGUUGGCAUUACCACAGGACUGCUGCUGUUCUCAUGGGUCUUUCUAAUUCCAGCUCAUUCUUGCUGAUUACCUGCGUCUUGGUGCUAUCAUUUUUAAUACCUGAAUUACUUGCUUCCUAUGGAGACCAGGACGACCGAUUCCAACUAUGUGCAGCAAAGUGCAUCAACAGAGACUGUAAAUCCACCCCAUCCACUAAGCACCUAUCUCUGAUACUAAGGCUUAUGCAGUGGGACUGUCCACAAGAUUGCAGAUAUCACUGCAUGCACCUACAAACACAGAUAAACCAACAAAACAACGAGCCCAUCGAGCAGUAUUAUGGCAAGUGGCCGUUUGUGCGUAUCCUGGGCAUGCAGGAGCCUGCAUCUGUCGUCUUUUCUAUAUUGAAUGGAUUACAACACUAUAAAGGCUGGCAGAAAUUCACUCGAGGUACCAAACACUCCCAUUAUCCUUAUAUCACUCUCAUGAGGAUCAAUGGGUUUUUGGCAGUCAACAGUUGGGUCUGGUCAGUGAUCUUUCAUACUCGAGAUUUCCCCUUUACGGAACGCAUGGAUUACUUUAGUGCCAUGGCAUCUAUUCUGUUUUCAUUGCAUCUUGCUGUCGUGCGGAUAUUUGGGCUCCGCUCCACCCGUGGUUUUAUUCGCAUUAUACUCAUGAUCGUCUGCUACUGCUUCUUCAUCUUCCAUAUCUUUUAUCUCACUCUUUUUAAUUUUGAUUAUGGCUACAACAUGUUUGCCAGUGUGAUCGUCGGUGUUAGUCAUACUAUGUUGUGGUGGACUUGGGCUUUGGCCAACUGGAGAUCUCGUUCUAGCUAUGCUUGGAAGAUUAUUGUAGUUGGACUAGCUGUAUCCAUGGCCAUGCUCCUUGAGCUCAUGGAUUUCCCUCCACUUUUUGGCUUGUUUGAUGCGCAUUCGUUGUGGCAUGCUGCCACCAUUCCAGUCAUUCCGUACUUGUGGGAUUUUUAUUUGGAUGAUGCAUUGUAUAUCAUUCCUAUAAAAAUUCCUUGACUGCAGAAUGAGAACUGGCCAGAAAGCUAAAGCAUGACGUUGAUUACCCAUUUAUGUACAGUGGCUAUAAAAGCGUUUGAUGCUUUUAGCAGCUAUCAUUAUCCUCACAUUAUUUAAAUAGUUCUCGAUGAAUACUUCUAAUUUUAUAUUUUAUGGCUGUAUUCACGUAAACAGAUCACUAUCUUGUAAUGAUUGUCUUGGAAUAAACAAUCGUUACAUAUUC